AUAUCUGCAGGUGAUAGCAUGCAUGGUAUCGAACAAUCAUCAACUGAAGUGUCAGCUCUAGCGUUUUGCUUUGGUUGAAAAUACAAUUAAAAAUUGAUUGCGAAGUAUUUAAAUAUUCUGCAUCGCCAGCCAUAAAAAUCUGCGAAAAGCGAGCGGUGGCGGCAUCCAAAAUACCGAAAGAAGCACAAAAAGAAAAAUUUGCAAGGCUGCGUCUGUGUUAGUGAGCGUGUGCGAGCGCGCGUGUGUUGCUCUGUGUGCGUUUGUGUGUGCGAGUCUUUUGCCUUCAGUGCGUGCGCUGUUUCUCGUGGGGAGCCCAAAGGAAGAAAAACACAAGGAAUCCGCUAAGGAAAAAAGUGUAACCAAAAAGGACAUCCAAAACAAACAAGUGCCGCUGCAAUGGAGAAGAGAAUAGAACUGGAAAGACGCGCACGCAAAGUAAAUCAGAUCACAGAGUUGAAUCUGGACAACUGUCGGAGUACAAGCAUCGUUGGCCUUACAGAUGAAUACACAUCCUUGGAGUCGCUUAGCUUGAUUAACGUGGGUCUCACCACACUGAAAGGUUUCCCCAAGCUGCCCAAUUUGAAGAAGCUGGAACUGUCCGACAAUCGGAUUUCGAGCGGCCUCAACUAUCUGACCACCAGCCCCAAAUUGCAAUAUCUGAACUUGUCUGGCAACAAGAUAAAGGAUCUGGAAACCCUUAAGCCCCUGGAGGAGUUUAAAAAUCUGGUUGUGCUGGAUCUGUUUAAUAACGACGCCACUCAGGUGGAUAAUUACCGGGAGAAGAUAUUCAAGAUGCUACCAUCGUUAAAUUUCCUAGAUGGAUUCAAUUGCAACGACGAGGAGGUGCAAUCUGAUGGCGAUGAUGAUGAUGAGGUCAACGGCAACGAUUCCGACGAAGAAGGAGUUUCUGGUGACGAGGACAGCGAUGACAGCGACGAAGAGGACAAUGGCGAGGUGUCCUUGUCGGAGGUGUACAAUGACGAUUUGGAAGAAGAUAACUCUGAUUGGGAAGGAGAAGGCGAAGGAGGCGAGGACGACGAGGAUGAGGAUUCCGAUAUUGAUGAUGCCGAUGGAGAUGCAAACGAAUCGGCUGCAUCAGUAAACGCCAAGGACAAGGAUGGCGAAAAGGAAGCAGACGAGUCGCAAGUCAGAGGCAAGAAGAGAAAGCAUGAUGGUUAAAUUCUUGAUCUGUCGCUGUAUCGUCUUUGUACGUUAUAAAUUUAAAUAUACACCCACACACAAAACAAAAACACACACACACAUCAUAUUUUGAUAGAAAAAGAUGAUAAAUCCUUUAGAAAACCCACAAUUUGUUUCUCUAAAAUGUAAGCUAAUGAAAGUAAAAAACGAGAAAAAGAAAAACCAACAAACAACCCAAAACAAAGCAAGAGCGGAGGAGCAUAAUUAACGUAAUAAUCAAACAAAGCUAAACAAAAGAAAUUACAUGUUUAAGCGAAACAAACCGACGAGGAAUACAAAAGAAAUCAAGCAAGCAACCAAUAAAAAUGGCAUUAAUUUAACCUUAUCCGAGCCCAAGUUCCAGUUUCAUUUUUACAACUUCGCCACCUUCAGAACUCGCAACAUAAAGUCCAAGAAGUCACUUUGUACAAUUGAUUACCACUAAGUUAAUGAUUAAACAAUUGUAACUUGUACUUUCAAAUUUCAAUCAAACACAAAAAUCUAGAACAGCGCUCCGACUUUUUUUGUUUGUACAACUACGGCUUUGUCAACGUUUCGCGUGAAAACGAUCACACAAUUUACUGCUAAGAACUUUUAACUAACUCUUAAGUCAUUCCUUCUUUAAAUACGCAUAAGUUAAGCAAAAUCCAACUUCACCCAACUUCUGCUCAAGGUGAUUUACCCACACUUCAUUGUUACCCAUUACCCACCUCCCAGAUACACAGACUUAAUCCGCGUCUCUCUGUAAACGUAGAGCACUCACUAUUGAGCAUCCCAAAUUGUUUUCCUUUAUAUACUUUUAAGUGAACUUUUUUCCAAAUACCGAAAUGUUUCCACUUAUUCAACGGCAGUAGUGUUUUCAAUGAAUGUGGCGAGUAAAUCUUAUACACAAACAAUUUUAGACAA